UAUUAUCAGAGGAAUAGUUAGGCAUCAGCCUGAAGUAAGUGAGAGAGAAUGGGCUCCACUAACAGCAGCUCAAGGGACCAUGCAAAGCCAGUGAUGAGAAAGAGGUGCAAGUAUCAAGUGAGGUGGUUCUAUUCAAAAGGAGCAUUUCUUAUUCUACUAUGGAGUUCACUUGUCAGUGCAGCUGUGUGGUCUUGUAUGACAGAAUUGGGAAAAAUUAUCUUAGAAGAAUGCUUUGCAUUGGAUAAGAACACUUUUUCUCGCGUGUUCAUUGUAAUACCAUUUCUAGCUUACAUUACCAUUCCCCUGCUAGGAUGGUUAGCAGAUGCUAAGCUUGGAAACUACAGAGUCUUUAAAUUUAGCUGCUUCUUUUUAGUAGUCGCAUCGAUAAUCAUGUGCAUCAAUAUUCUUUUUGCUCCCAAGAUAGACUCUAACGCACUAAGAUACACAGAUGCUGUCAUUGUAGCACUGGUAUUCGCAGUGGGUAUAGCUAGUAUGGCAGUUUGUAUGAUGACAGCCUUACAGCUUGGUUUAGAUCAAAUGCCAGAUGCUUCUUCCACUAACGUGUCAAGUUUCAUCAGUUGGUUCGUUUUCUCUCUCGUUUUUGGAUGCUGGAUUGCUGACUGGCUAUCAAACACACUCCUGUAUUGCGUAAAUAGUUCGACAAUAAAAAAAACGCAACUGUUUAGCUUAUUUCCAGUGACUUGUAUGGUAGUUAUUUGUUCUUCAAUGUGUUUGUUAGCUCCAAAAUGGCUAAUUAUUGAACCAAAGUCGCCUAAAGCACUCAAAACCAUCUACCAAGUUCUCAAGUUUGCAGCCAAGCACAAGGCUCCUAUUUAUCGCAGUGCUCUCACAUACUGGGAGGAAGACGUACCCUCUAGACUAGACCUGGGGAAGAUAAAAUAUGGUGGGCCAUUUACUAUAGAGCAAGUUGAAGAUGUGAAAACCUUCCUAAAAAUACUUAUGAUAUCUUUCCCAAUAUUCGUCACUUUAACAGCGUGCUGGAAUAUACUCGCACUAGGUUUUAAUGUUGGAGAGUUAAACUGGGAAGUGUUGUGGCAUCUUACUGUCUCUAAUACUACUGGCAGUUGCGCAUCAAUUAGCAUGGUAUACACUUUCAGUUUCAACCCUUGGUGGAGUGGUAUUGUUACAACAGUUGUCUACGAAUUUGCAUUGUAUCCACUCAUAAGAAAGAAAGUACCCAGCUCUAUUCGACGAAUUGGAGGUGCAGCUUUAUUGAAUUUGUUAUUGAAUGUGCUUAAUUUGAUUGCACAAUUUUGUCAAAAUUUUGAGGGACCAGUUUUUGCAAUGGGGGCUGUUAGUGGCUUUUUACUUGUACUCUUGAUAAAUGGAAUACUAGAAUUUGUGUGUGCCCAGUCACCAUACAACAUGCGAGGACUUCUGACUGGCUACAUGACGUUUCUAUUAUUUCUCUCACUAUCUCUGAACUACUUUAUUGGAUUUCUACGUAAAGGAAGAUAUUUUCCAAUUUACACUGUCCCUUCAAUAUCAACUGCACUGAGUGUGAUUGGAUUUGUCCUGUACUGCCUCCUGGCUCGCUGGUAUAAGAGAAGAGUUAGAGACGAGGACUACAAUGCACAAAGAGUGGUGGAGGAGGUCUAUGAUCGAUACCUCUCUCAUGUACAGUAGAGACAAGAACAACUGUAACUGUCAACUAUAAUACUGUAGAUCUACUUACUAUACUUAAUUGUAUUUACGGUGUAUAUACGUAUGUAAUACAUAUGUAUACUAAGACAACACGAAUCAUUAAUGAAGAG